GGCUUCAUGUGGGUAGUGCAGUCUAUCAGCAAAUUACGGUGCGUUCCGGUUUAUAUUUUGAUUGUUAUUUUUGAAACUGCAUAAUUUUCGGUCGUUAUGCAAAAUAGAAUUACCAUAAUAUGUUGUAAUGCCUGAACUUUAGCCACACUCACGGAAGUCGUAAUCUCGGGUAAAUUGUGCCGUUUUGAUUUAGCCUAUCACCAGCCUCCAUCGGAGCGUGGAAGAAGCGGACGUUUGUGAUAAAAGUGAGAGUUUCUGUUCGUCGCGUCGUGUUUUCUUCUUCUUCUUUUUUUGCUCGAGAAGUGGACGAGUGAAGUUGUAAAACCAUUUUCGGCCUCUGGAGUACCUUCAUUGUUGGUAUUGCUCGUAAGCGCAAGGUGUGAUUAAUCACAUUUGACGGGUCACUAUGUUUGUGAAAAGAAGAAAGAUUGCCAAUUCCAACAACAAUGUUAUGUUAAGUAACUCCAACUACGAAAGUAAUGGAAAUCAGAUGGUGGCUAAAACGCGCUGCAGUAAGCAUAAAGAUUGCAACGGUGGCACAAGUGAGUGUCUUCAGGUUGCAACGAAUGUUUCCGAGCAGAAGCACAACGUCACACGAGAGGUUCGAGGUCAGAAUCUGGGAUUGUGCCGAGGUUUCCGGGGAUGUACCGUUUGGCUAACGGGUCUGAGUGGCGCUGGGAAAACCUCCAUUGCGUUUGCGUUGGAGGCGUAUCUGGUAUCGAAAGGCAUCCCGGCGUACGGUCUCGAUGGAGACAACAUAAGAACGGGUCUCAACAAAAAUCUGGGCUUUUCGCAGGUGGAUCGGGAAGAGAACAUUCGGCGGGUGGCGGAGGUGGCCAAGCUGUUCGCCGAUAGCGGAGUGGUUUCGAUAUGUAGCUUUGUGUCACCGUUUGCCGAAGAUCGCGAAAUGGCAAGAAAAAUACACAAAGAUGCUGAUUUGCAGUUUUUCGAGAUCCACGUGAACACCCCGCUGGAAGUUUGUGAAUCGCGUGACGUGAAAGGUUUGUACAAAAAGGCUCGCCAAGGAACCAUUCAGGGAUUUACUGGUGUGACACAGGCCUAUGAGGCUCCGGAGAAUCCUGACUUGUCGGUUUCAACCGAAGGAGUAACUGUGAAACAAUCGACCAACAAAUUGAUAAAAUUAUUAGAAAAUGAAAAUAUCAUCCCAAAGUUUUUAAAAGACGACGAACCGAUCCCUGAGUUGUUUGUACCAAAAAGCUUGCAGGCCUCUGUUAUGGCGGAGGCAAAAACACUCCCGUCAAUUACGAUAACGACCGUUGAGUUACAGUGGCUGCAAGUAUUGGCCGAAGGCUGGGCGCAUCCCCUGAAGGGUUUCAUGCGCGAGAAAGAGUAUUUGCAAGCGUUGCACUUCAAUUGCGUGUUGAGUGAAGAUGAAACGAUGCGAGAAAAUCAGUCCAUUCCAAUAGUGUUAUCGGUUAGCGAGGAAGAUAAGAAUAAACUGGACGGUGUCAGUGCCCUGUCCCUGUCGUACAACGGCCGGUUGGUUGCAGUUCUAAGGAAACCUGAAUUCUACUAUCAACGAAAGGAAGAACGAUGUGCGAGACAGUUCGGUACCGUUCAUUCCAACCAUCCAUAUAUCAAAAUGAUCAUGGAGUCUGGUCAGUAUUUAGUUGGCGGUGAAGUAGAUGUAAUAGAACGUAUCUUCUGGAAUGAUGGCUUAGACAGCUACCGAUUGACUCCGAAUGAGCUGAGACAAAAGUUCCAGGAAAUCGAAGCCGAUGCUAUCUUUGCCUUCCAAUUGCGCAACCCCAUACACAACGGACACGCACUGCUGAUGAGUGAUUGCAGACGUCAAUUGUUAGAGCGUGGGUUUAAAAACCCCGUACUGUUGUUGCAUCCACUUGGCGGGUGGACCAAGGACGAUGACGUUCCGUUACCCGUGCGAAUGGCACAACAUCAAGCAGUACUGGAUUCCGGAGUGCUGAAACGUGAGCAUACCGUUUUAGCAAUUUUCCCGUCGCCGAUGAUGUACGCUGGCCCUACGGAAGUGCAGUGGCAUGCCAAAGCAAGAAUGAACGCAGGAGCCAAUUUCUAUAUUGUUGGUCGGGAUCCAGCCGGUAUGCCGCACCCGGACAAGCAAAUGUAUCCCGAUGGUAAUCUGUACGAUGGAACGCACGGUGCACGGGUGCUGAAAAUUGCUCCCGGAUUGGACAGUAUAGAGAUAUUACCAUUCCGUGUUGCUGCAUACGACAAAUCCGUCUCGAAAAUGGCAUUCUUCGAACCGAACCGGAAGGAAGACUUCGACUUUAUUUCCGGCACGCGAAUGCGAACGCUAGCUCGCACUGGACAAGAUCCACCGAAUGGAUUCAUGGAGCCGGAAGCGUGGAAAAUCCUAUCCGAGUACUAUCAGUCGUUAAAAACGGGUGAAAACUGAUUACUUUGUGCACUUACCAAUAGUAAUAGAUAGCAAACAUUUCUAUAGUCAACAAGACAUAAGUUAAAUCUUGAACUAACACGCCCACGACGAGUGUUUUCAUUUUAAUCAUGUGUAUCGUUUAAGUAGGUACCCAGUUUUAUGCAUGUUUUUUUUUGUUACAAUAUUAUUGAUUUUAUGUCGUUAUAUCAUUUAGUCACAGUGUUCUUCGGAUGAAUAAAGCAAAUGAAACUUUAAUGGAAAUAA